AACAUGGCAGUCACAGCGCCAAAAGUAUAUUUUGCACAUCUCUAAUUCCGUCUUUUUGGGUCUUCUUUCCUAUUCAAGAUGGUGAACGUACCUAAGCAACGUCGCACACUGUGCAAGAAAUGCAAGUGCCACAAGCUGCACAAAGUGACGCAGUACAAGAAGUCCAAGGAGCGCAAAGGCGCUCAGGGCAGACGUCGUUACGACAGGAAACAGCAAGGUUUUGGUGGUCAAACUAAGCCCAUCUUCAGGAAGAAGGCUAAGACUACCAAAAAGAUUGUGCUGCGUAUGGAGUGCACCGAAUGCAAGUUCCGCAAGCAGACUCCUCUGAAGCGUUGCAAGCACUUCGAGUUGGGUGGUGACAAGAAGCGCAAGGGACAGAUGAUUCAGUUCUAAGCUGCCCGUUGAUCACAAAGAUGACCCGCUCUUUUCUAUACAGAAGUGUUUUUAAGUUGUUUACAUGGACUGCUUUUGUUACAUGCCAAAUGAGGUGUGCAACAAGUGGGAAAUAAAACAAAUUUGUAGACGUAAAUUUAAGCAAA